CUUCUCUUUCAGACUGAUCCAGAAGGCGGAUCCUGCCCCGUGGGGUCAGGAAGGGAUGCGGCUGCUGCUGCUGCUGCUGCUGCUGCCAGUACUGUUGGGAGCACCCAUAGCUCAGCGCCUGGAACUGCGGCAGCAUGUGACAGUGCAGGAGGGCCUGUGUGUCUUCGUACCCUGCAGAUUUUCCCACCCCUGGGUUUCCUUUGGAAAGUUCUACAUGUUUUGGUUCCGGGAAGGGGCAGAUACAAAACGCGAUCCCCCGGUGGCCACGAACAAGCCAGAACAGAAGCUGCAUGAGGGGACCCAGGGGCGAUUCUCCAUCCCAGGGGAGCCCCAGGCCAGAAACUGCAGCCUGAGCAUCACGGAUGUCAACGCAGGGGACAGCGGGACAUACUUCUUUCAAGUCGAGACACACUUCAGGACACUCCCAUAUCUAAACAAGAUGCUCUUUCUGAACGUGACAGCCCUCACCCACCAGCCCCACGUCCUCAGCCCGGGGGCCCUGGAGCCCGGCCGCCCGGGGAACCUGACCUGCUCUGUGCCCUGGGCCUGUGAGCGGGCCACGCCCCCCAUCUUCUCCUGGACGUCAGCUGCCCCCAGCUCCCUGGGCCCCAGGACCCCCUUCUCGUCGGUGCUCACCCUCACCCCACGGCCCCAGGACCACGGCACCAGGCUCACCUGUCAGGUGAAGUUCCCCACAAGUGGGGUGAUGGUGGAGCGGACCAUCCUGCUCAAUGUCACCUAUGCUCCACAGCACGUGGCCAUCAGCAUCUUUCAAGGAAACAGGACAGCCCUCAAGAUUCUGCAGAACACCUCGUUCCUUCCCGUCCAGGAGGGCCAGGCGCUGCAGCUGCUCUGUGUUGCUGACAGCAACCCCCCUGCACAGCUGAGCUGGUUCCGGGGGUCUCCCGCCCUGGAGGCCACCCCCAUCUCGAGCACCGGGGUCCUGGAGCUGCCUUGUGUAGGGGCAGCAGAAGAAGGAGAGUUCACCUGCCGGGCUCAGAACCCACUGGGCUCCCAAAAUAUCUCCCUGAGCCUCUUCGUGGUCUCACCCCCGCAGCUGCUGGGCCCCUCCUGCUCCCAGGAGGACGAGGGUCUGCGCUGCAGCUGCUCCUCCCGAGCCUGGCCGGCCCCCUCCCUGCGCUGGCGGCUGGGCGAGGGGCUGCUGGAGGAGAACUUCAGUAACGCCUCCCUCGAGGUCAGCUCCAGCUCCGCCAGGCCCUGGGCCAACAGCUCCCUGAGCCUCCGCGAGGGGCUCAGCUCUGGCCUGAGCCUCAGCUGUGAGGCCCUGAACGUCCACGGGGACCGGAGCGGGUCUGUCCUGCUGCUGCCAGGUAAACCACAGCCCAGGGCUGGCAAGGUCCUGGGAGCAGUUGGGGGAGCUAGCGUCACAGUCCUGCUUUCUCUCUGCCUGUAUCUCAUCUUCAGAGUGAAGACCCGCAGAAAGACCCAGCCAGUGCAAAGCAUGGAUGAUACGAACCAGGCCGUGGGCUCAGGCUCCAGGGAACGCCAGCCCCAGUUCUGGACAGACACCGCUGCAGACCACCCCAGCCCCAUCUCAAGAAAUGAACAAGAGCCUCACUAUGCUUUCCUCCGAUUUCACAAGCCGAAGCCUCAGGAACAGGAAGGCUCUCACACUGAGUACUCAGAGAUCAAGAUACACAAGUGAGGAAUUCUUUUCUCGUGGUCUGGAGCCUGGAAGUCUGAGGUCAAGGUGUCGGCAGGCUUGGUUCCCUCCGAGCCCUCUCUCCUUGGCUUGGAGAUAAUUGUCUUCCCCCCAUGUCCUCAUACGGCCUCCCCUCUGUGUGUUUCUGUGUCCUAAUUCAUUCUUCUUACAAGGACAAGAGUUUUCAGCCUGUAACACUCAGUCUCCAAUCAUUUAAAAACAAAUGGCCUUCUUGGCGGUGGUCAGAAUCCCCUGGUAUGGGUGGAAGACCAUAGGACUUGUGACUAAAAGUUGUUGUUGGUCAGCUGCUAAAAUCGUGUCCAACUCUUUGGAAUCUCGUGAACUGCAACACACCAGGCUUCCCUGGCUAUCUUCCCUAACUAUCUUCUUGAGCUUGCUCAAACUCAUGUCCAUUGAGUCGCUGAUGCCAUCCAACCAUCUCAUUCUGUGUCACCCCCUU